AUGUUCAAAACUGAGAAGGUCAACUUGGAGAAGAUUCGUACAGGCUUGCAGCAAGACCAUGUAUUGUUUAAAUCAUCCCUCACUCCGCAAAUUACAAAGCUUCAGGAUGAUUUGGCGAUGGAAAGUAAAGUUAUGGACGCUUUGGAUAUAAAUACAGAAAACGUCAAAGUGUUAGAUCUCAAGCUUCAACAGUCUGAGAAACAGGGUGUUUCUCCUCAAUCGUCUGAUCCGAAACAACGGGGAGAAGGUGGAUCUAAUGUUGAACCUCCCAAAGUCCCUAUCAAGCCUAUUAUCAAGAAAGAACCUAAGGGUAAGGAAAAUUUAAUCGAAGAUGAGCCCAUAAUCGAUGAUAAUGAAGACGAAGAGCCUGAUGAAGCUGAACUUAAAAGGCGGAAGGCUCGUGAUGCUGAAUUGAAUGAAACUCAACGAAUCGUCUAG